AUGGGGGCCUUUAGCAUGUUGUCUGGUCUUGCUAAACAAUUUUGGCCGCCGAGUCCGUCGUUCACCGAAGCCAAUAUUCCUAAUGGCAGCCAGAAAGGAAAGGUUUUCAUGGUGACAGGUGGCAACUCGGGACUUGGUUAUGAAUUGUGCAAGAUCCUGAUCACGAGCGGAGCCACGGUAUACAUGGCAACCCGAUCCAAGGAAAGAGCAGAAGAGGCUAUCAAGUCGAUUAUCGACACAGUCUCAGACACCCCAGAAAGAGGCCAGCUCCAUUUUAUCCACCUGGACUUGGCCGAUCUUGCCUCAGUCCGGACUGCCGCCAAAGAGUUUGCCCAGAAGGAAAAUAAGCUGGAUAUCCUCUGGAACAAUGGCGGAAUCGGCGCCAAUGCGGUCAAGUACGGAGAGCGGACCAAACAGGAUCUAGAGAUUCUUAUGGGUAUUCACUGUGUCGGGGCAUUGCUGUUUUCCGAGCUGCUCGUGCCACAACUGAAGGCUGCAGCCGUUCAGGGCGCUCCGUCCCGCGUCGUGUGGCUUACAACCGUUCUUGUAGAUACGUCUGCACCAAAGAAUGGCAUUGAAUUUCCCGCAGUCGAGACGGGAUAUGAGGCGCGAAUGGACAACUACGCUGCGUCCAAGGCGGGCGUCUGGAUGCUGGCGCGCGAGUUUGCAAGGCGCCACAAGGAAGAAGGAAUCAUCAGCGUCGCCCUAAACCCUGGAAGUCUGGAGACAGGAUCCUUCAGAGGAACACCCAGCAUCAUGAUGUUCCUGAUGAGGAUAACCAUUUUGCAUAAGCCAAUAUAUGGGGCUUACACUAUGCUGUACGCGGGCCUAUCUCCCGAAGUUACAAUUGACAAUAGCGGCAUCUUCAUAUAUCCUUGGGGAAGGCUGGUCUCGGAUCGCGAUGUCAUUCGAAAGGAUAUACUGCAUGCCGAAAAGAGCACAGAUGAUGGAGGUCUGGGGCUGGCUGCACAGCUAUGGGAAUGGUGUCAAUCUAAAUGGGAUGUUGAGUCGGAACAUUGA